AUGUGAUCCCAGUAACCACUACGUAAACACAACUCAUCUUAUCCACCGCAAAGAACAAAAAAAAAUAUAGAAAAAAAAAACACCGGCGAUGGGUGCAACCACCGUGAACGGCGGCGAUACAGAAUCGACAUCACUGUUAACUCCUUCUUCAAACCCUAAAAUUCCAAAGGAUUCUUUCCACAUAGCUUACAUAAUCUACUUUACUCUCGGCGCCGGUUAUCUUCUCCCAUGGAACGCAUUCAUCACCGCCGUCGAUUACUUCACUUACCUUUAUCCGGAUGUUAUGGUAGAUCGUAUUUUCGCCAUUGUUUACAUGAUCGUCGGAUUGAUUUGCUUGCUCUUCAUUGUCGCUUUUGCUAAUAAGACUAGUGCUUUUGUGAGGAUUAAUGUUGGACUGUUUUUAUUUGUGGUUGCUCUUGUUACGGUGCCGUUGAUGGAUGUGUUUUAUGUGAAUGGAAGAGUUGGAAUGUAUGGUGGUUUUGGUGUUACUGUUGGUUUGGUUGGAAUUUGUGGGAUUGCUGAUGCGCUGGUUCAGGGUGGAGUUAUUGGAGCUGCCGGAGAGUUGCCGGAUCGGUAUAUGCAGGCUACCGUCGCUGGAACUGCUGCGUCCGGUGUCCUUGUUUCGUUGCUAAGAAUUUUAACCAAAGCUGUAUAUCCACAAGAUGCUCAAGGGCUGAGAAAGAGUGCAAACCUUUAUUUCAUAUUCAGCAUUGUGGUGAUGAUUUUGUGCGUAGUCUUUUACAAUGUGGCACAUAGGCUUCCAGUAAUUAAGUACUACAAUGAUCUUAAAACUCAGGCAGUGAAUGAGGAGAAAGAGGAUAAGGGUGACUUAACUCCGGAAUUAUGGAGAUCAACUUUGGACAUUGUUGGGACAGUGAAAUGGUAUGGGUUUGGUAUCCUCAGCAUUUAUGUUGUCACUUUGUCUAUAUUUCCAGGAUAUAUCACAGAAGACGUGCAUUCUCAACUUCUGACAGAUUGGUAUCCGAUCUUGUUGAUUACUGGCUACAAUGUGUUUGAUCUGGUCGGGAAGUCUCUGACUCCUCUAUUAUUUCUUGAUAAUGCCAAGGUUGCUAUUAGUGCCUGCUUUGCAAGGCUGUUGUUUUUGCCUCUAUUCUAUGGUUGCUUACAUGGGCCUAAAUUCUUUAGGACGGAGCUUCCUGUUACAAUACUAACCUGUCUACUGGGAUUAACUAACGGCUACCUGACUAGUUUGUUAAUGAUGUUGGGUCCAAAAACUGUCCAACUGCAACACGCAGAGAUAGCUGGGACCUUACUCGUUUUGUUCUUGGUGAUGGGUCUGGCAAUUGGUUCCGUUGUAUCAUGGUUCUGGAUUAUAUAAUUUCUCUGCAGCUUGUAAGAUAUCAGUUCCCCUCAACCAAUUCCCACUGGAAAACUCUGAAAACUUCUUUAUUCAUGCCAUUUCAAAUGUUUAUCCCCAGACAUGUUGGAAGUUGUAAACCGUUGAAUUGAAUGGUUAAAUGUAUAUUGUUGUGAA